CACAUUAUUCUCUUUGCAUCCCAGCAAAGUCAACUCUACCCCAUUUAUUAGCUCUCGCUUGCUGCAAGAGAAAUACUGUUUGGUGUCUAUACAUUAGGAUCCAAAUUACGUAUUUGUGAUUAAUGGAGGAAGCCUGGGAUUUGCAAGCAGUUGUUAGUCAUUUCCCCCCCAACGAGCCUAUGACUACAACAACACCCACCACCAUCAACCAAGAUGACAGUCAUCGCCAACAAGAUCCAUUAGAUUUUUUCACCCCAUUUCUGUCUUUAUCAGAUCUGAAAGAACUAGAGAAUGGUCAGGAUAUUUACAAACCCUCAUCAUUUUGCUCGAGCUCCUCAAAUUAUAUUCAAAGUAAUGAAGUUAUACCCGGUAGCUUUUACAUGAGCACUCCUUAUCUAGGAGCAUCAGCAUCAGCACCAGUGCAUCUACAACAAUUUCAACAGCAGCCGCAGAUGCCGAAACAGCAGCUUCAUCCUUCUGUUAUUUCUUCGACUCCAUCUAUUGCUACCAGUACCACCACAACUAAAUCUCUGAAACCAACAUUAAAAAGAAGGAAAGUUCAGCAAAAGAGACUCGUCUGCAAAGUACCAGCUGAAGGUGUUUCUUCUGAUAUGUGGGCUUGGAGAAAAUACGGCCAGAAACCCAUCAAAGGCUCACCAUAUCCAAGAGGGUAUUACAAGUGCAGUAGCUCCAAAGGCUGCAUGGCAAAAAAACUAGUAGAGAGAAGCUAUUCAGAGCCAUCCAUGUUCCUCAUAACUUAUAAGGCCGAGCACAACCAUCCAAUUCCGACCCAUCGAAACUCCCUUGCUGGAAGCACAAGACACAGUAAUAAUAGUAAGCCAAACACAAGUGCGACUACUUCAUCUACAUCAGCAAUAACAAGUCUUUCUGCAGUAUCUUCACCGAUUACACAUUCGUUAAUGGAACCAUCCAUUGAAGCGGCAGAUAAUAAGUUUCGAGUACAGCGACAAGUUAAGCAAGAAAUAAAACAAGAGUAUGAUCAUAAUUUUAAUCUGAUGAGCCAAGAAGAAUUGUUCAUGGGUUUAGAGGUUCUCAAUGGACCCACCAUGGUCACCACUUCUGGUUCUUUUAUGAGAUUUUGAGCGGGAGGGUUUUCUUCGCCAUCAUACAGUUUCGGUUGUAGUUGCAUUUUACAAAGAUGAGUGAUAAAACCACCACUAAACAAACAAUGUCCUAGUUUUAACUACUAAGUUUUUUUAACAAUACCAGGGGCUACUUGCUACUCCAUCUAUGUUUAUCUCAAAAUUUUAUUGAUUGUUUGAUAAUGAAUAGAAAAUAAAAGUAAAAGAAUCUGAACUUAAUGUCAGUUACUAUUGCUUAUACAUUUACAUCUAUCACAAAGCCUUUGGCUUUGAUAAAGGUUGAUAGUCCCUGCUAA